AUGCGCGCUAUUUCUCUAGUAAAGCAUUUAGAAUUUGAAUUCUCUGGUAAUGUGCUAAGGAAUGCUAUUACGCUGCAUGAUGUAGACAAUGAUGGAAAUUCAGAACUGAUUGUAGGUAAUGAGAGAGGUGAAGUCACUAUAUUUAAGGGCUAUGAAAAAUGGCAAACAAUAAGCAAUCUUGGGUUUGUUUGCUGUUUGGCAGUGGGGGAUAUAUUUAAUGAAAAUAGAAAUUGUUUAGUAAUAGUGACAGGGGAUGGCUGGUGUUAUAUUUAUGGGAAUUCUGCACAAGAUGAAGUUAAUGAAGAUGAAACAAGCAUACACAAUUCAGUUGAUGAUUCUGUUGAUGUGGUUGAUGGGCAGAUUUUGAGUGGUGAAAGUGAAGUACAAACAUCAGAUUCUUCUCAUUCUAAACCCUUUGAAAAGAAACAUGGUUUACAACAAUUGCACGUACAGAGAAUUCCCGCAAAUACUAAGUAUAUUCUCUUAGAUGACAUAGAUGAUGAUGGCUCAGUAGAGAUGGUAUUAGGUUUAACCGACCGAGUUGUACGAUCAUACAGAUGGUACAAUCCUAGAAAAUUUUUAGCAUCAACAAUUGGAAAGCGUAGUAGCGUUGCAGAUGAAUUAUGCAGUAAAUUGGUUGGUUUAAACAAAUGGGAGUGCGCGAAGCAAAUUGGUUCUGUUACUUUACAUCACGACGCUGAAAACAAGCCGACAUUACUGAUCGCUCAACCGGGUGGUACUUUUAUGCGCAUUCGAUACACAAACGAUGACAAAUUAGAACAAAGCGAUUCCAGCACUUCGAUUAGUGAAUACCUAACUGGAUCUUCGAUUGAUUACCAAUUUCUUGGUUUAUCCCGAAUGCGUAACCAGAACAUUUCUACGGAAAUCAUCGGAGAUCUUAAAGUGCUUCCACAGGAUGAUAACAAAAGAGGUGCGCCAUAUGCGGUUGCAACUUUAGACGGCACUAUUAUGUUAGUCCAAGAAGAAAUUAUUUUAUGGGCAAUUGCGGUAGAUCAUCAAAUCUUUGCGCUGACAAAGCUCGACGUUACUGGCAACGGAAUAGACGACUUGGUUGCUUGUUCUUGGGAUGGUCAUACAUACAUUCUUGACCAGGAAAAGAAUGUGGUACGUUUUCAACAGGGAGAGUCGGUGCAAGCGUUUGCGAGCGGCUAUUAUACGUUAGUUCCCGGCGAAAAGCCCGUUACAUGCUUUGUGUAUGUGACGUUUCACAACAAAAUUCUGGUCUAUCAUGAUAUCUGUUUGAAGGAUAUGAGUAGUCGAAAUUUUAGUGUGAGUCCUGACUGCAUUAGUGAUGUGCUUCAAGGUACCGACGCCAAUGAAAAGGCUUCUUUAGCACACAGUUUAGAUGAACAUGACAAACGAUCUAUAGUUGAAUAUUUACUCUAUGGCGUUGGAAGCUAAAUCUUUUUGUAUAUGUAAAUUUAUUUUAUUUGGGAUAAGAUCCUCAGGUGUAUCUAUCAAGUAAACAAUAUAUUCAAAGUACAAAUUA